CUCGACCUUCAUCAUCUUUGGGACUCCGGCCUCGUUCUGUCUUGUCCCCAGCUGGGUCGCACUCUCGUAUUACAAUGGAUGCCGCACUAUCUGCUUCGAAGCAGAAGCAGAAACCUCCCAAGCAGCCCAAACCCGCGAAAGAUGCGGCCCCCAACUUCGGCGCCGUCGCCAACCGCGACCUCCUUCAGCGCAUGAACUUCCUCUACCAGAGCAGCGCGUAUCUCAACACGAUAAUACCGCAAACACCCAACUCUAGCACCGGCUACGCACCUCCUGGUAGGCGGGGGAGACCGCCAGCCAGACCCGUGCUUCCAGAGGGUAGGCGGCGAUCGAAGAAGCGCUGGGCGAAGCCUGGGUUCCCUGCAGGGGAGGCUGAGGGCCCGAAGAAUGGCACGCGCAGGCAGGCGACGAUAGCAGAUCUGUCGAGGGAGUACAUCAAGAAUAUGAAGGCGGUGGGGAGGAAGUCGGUGAUGCGGAUAGAUCCUGCGGUCAAGCGCACUAUCUGCAAGGCAAGGAACUGUGAUACGGUGAUGAUCCCGGGCGCGAAUGUGAAUGUAAGGGUACAAUCCUCACGCAACCACGGCCAUACUCUCUCGUAUAUCUGCCCGACAUGCGGGCGUAAACGACGGAUCCCUUGUCCAUCUACUGCGACGCUCUCAGACGAGGAAGAAGCUGCUUCAAAUGCAGCUGCAGCGGAUGACCAGGGCGAUACUGUCAUGGAAGGUCCACCGACAGAGCAAUCCUCCGCCGCCCAGCAGACUUUCGCUUCCGAGCAUUCCUCUACGGCCGACCCCUCACCAAAGCCUGCUCCGAAACCGAAGAAGAAACCUCGCCGCCCGCCUGGCAAGUCACCAUUGUUCGCAGACAGGGAUGCAGGGCAUGUCGUGCUGCGCGGGAAGAAUAGGGUCGAAGAGGAUGAAGAUGGGAUCCUUUCGUGGGUUUGCUAGAACGUGCGUUCGCUGCGUACAUUGUGGCACGGAAUACAAAGCCUCCCUUUCUGGGACAGAA